CGUUUUACAACUUUUUUGCAAUCAAUAGCAUGAAUUUAUUUUCAAUCUUGCUGGACUGGUAACUGACAGUAGGCGUUGUCUCUCCGAAGUUCCGUCGAUUACUGAUGACGUAACAUAUCAGGACGCGACGCUUCCCGAAAGCAAAACAAUGACCACCUUUUUACGGACUCUGCUUUUUGUUUAUUUUACUGCGGCAGUUUAUUCCUUUUUUUGUUUUCGUCACGAAGCGUGUCACUUCGAUGAUUUCAACAUUCCCAAAAUCGCUGCCCACUUCAGCACGAAAGGCAGAUACGAGGAAGUGAAUGCGUAUCUUUUAAAGGACAUCCUCGCGGUAAAUAGAUCCGUCUUGCAGCCGCCAUUCGCGCAAUGCCGAGAAAUAUAUAUGGCUGCCGUCAUAAGACAUGGAACAAGAUACCCGACGACCAAAAACGUCCAGAAAAUUCAGAAGAUCUAUGAGCUGGUUAAAUCGAGUGCCACGGGUAAGGAGAGUUGGCUCCGUGAGAUCCAAACACAGUGGAAGAUGUGGUACACCGAGGACAUGGACGGUCGCCUGGUUCAGAAAGGUGUGGACGAUCACAAACAUCUGGCUGUCAGACUGUCGAAGUGGUUCCCCUCGCUGCUUUCAGAGGAGAAUCUUCGAGCCGGACGCGUCAAAUUCAUCACAAGCUCCAAGCACAGAUGUGUCAACAGCACGCUGUCCUUCCAAGCAGGACUGGUGGAGCUGUGGGAUGUCAAAGAUAUGACGCUUGACUACACUUUGAAUGAUGCACUGAUGAGGUUUUUUGACAAGUGCCCAAGGUUUGUGGAGGAAGUUGACAACAACCCCGAAGCUGUUGCUGAAGUUGAGAAGUUCAAGAAUGGCCCCGAGAUGAGGAGGGUGAUGGAGAAGAUUGCAGACCGCCUUAAUGUACCAUACAACAACAUAACCGAUGAUAUGGCUGAAGCUGCGUUUUACAUCUGCGCUUACGAGCUGGCCAUCAAGAACUUGAACUCUCCAUGGUGUGCACUCAUCGAUGAGGUUGAUGCUGAGGUAAUAGAGUAUGCAAAUGACCUGAAACACUUUUGGAAACGAGGUUAUGGUCAUGAGAUCAACAGCAAGUCAAGUUGCAUCCUGUUCCACGAUAUAUUCUCUCGGUUGGAUAAGGCAGUCAAUGACAGCAAGUUGAGUGGGCACACCACUGAGGCUGUGACCAUUCAGGUUGGUCACGCAGAGACCGUGCUGCCCCUCCUCACCCUUCUCGGCUUCUUCAAGGAUAAAAACAUUCUAAAGUCCACCAACUAUGCCACGGAGCGAGAGAGAACCUUUCGCACCAGUUUCAUGCUUCCAUACGCUGCCAACUUAGUGUUUGUCCUGUAUGACUGUGGAGGCAGAGACUUAAGGAUGCAGGCCAUGCUCAACGAGAGACCCAUCCCCUUCCCUGGCAUGGCUGACAGUCAGACAUCCAUGCCUCGCUACCAGGAUGUGAAAGAACAUUAUAGUGCACUCAUCCAGGGCUGUGACUUUGACAAGGAGUGCAUGCUUUAAAAUAAAUGUGACCUUAAAAUUCAUUAAAUACUGUUCCUCCAACUGAAAAAAGAUAUAACAAAGAUACGUAUCAAUUUCCUUAACCAAAGAAAAUCUAUUUUUCAUGAUGGCUUUAUUGCACUCACCAUUGAACCAGUAAAUAUUUUUUGUAUUUUAAGCCUUAAAUUUAUAUUUUCAAGUGCUGAUUAUAGCUUACAUCUUGCUAUUAAAGAACUUUGAAGAAUG